AUGGAUUCGCAAAGUCAUACAUACGAAAAGGAAGAGAGCGAUGGGAACGAGCUAGAAGUCAUUCCGCAACAUGAGAACUCGGACGAAUCCAAAGUCGAAGCAGAUCGCAAUUCUGAUGUCCAAAGCCUGGAACGUUUGGUAAAUCGUUCGGAAAACUCGUUGGACGAUGACAAUUGGAGUCAGCAAGUGGAAACGGAUGAAACCGUACACAUGGCGCCUUCUGUUGUGAUGGAAGAGAUGGAAGGUUCUCCACAUCAUGUCCCAUCCAUUGCCGAUAAUAAUUCAGAUGAUCUCACCAGUGACCGCCGACUAUUGUCUGCUUCGAAUGGUCUUGCGCCAAAACGAGAGGAACCGACUCUAAAGGAGAAAUUAGUGGAGCGAGAGCGCCAACGGCGAGUGGAAACAGAAAGAGCUCGCUUAAAACGUCAUUUUGCGCUUUCCAGCAACGAUGCUGGAGCGCCUAGUGUUGAAUCCGGAGAGCCCGACGGGUCCGUACCCAGAGAAAACGGAAGCAUAGCAGCCACUAUUGGGGGAGGCAGUAGUGUGGCGUUUUUCGAUCCAAAUGAUGAAGAAGGGCAGCGUUUGACAUACCCAAUGGAACGUUUCCUUCAAGAUCAGGGUGUUAUUGAAGAAGAGUCCACACGAGACGUGGCAAGAGACGGCGGAGUUCUUAUGGAAAGAUUUCUCAUGGAGCCAGUGGUAGUCGUUGACAGUCCAUCCGUCUCUCGCGAAGAUAAUCAGCAUAUUGACGGUAGUGCGUCAUUUGAGGUUGAGCCACACAGUCAGGAGGAAACAGUAGGGGCUGUACGAGUGCCUCCGGAAGAACCUGUGAUCGAUCGAACUCCCUCUGAUCCUGUAGAAGGCAUGGGUGUGGGAGAACAAACAGCUUCAAGUGCUGAUGGUGCAGCACUUCCAGAUACGGAGCAAAUAUCAUUCCCAGCAAGUCCCUCAAUGGACCAUUCGUUUGGAUAUGACGAACCACGCGUCCUCCGACUAACGGAGGCUGAGAUUCAGGAAAUGGCUGCCAUCGAUGAGAUGAGCAGGUCCAAUGCUCCUCCAUCAGAUCGUGGUGACAUUUCAGAGUCAUCCUUUGUUGGGGAGCUGAUGUCGGACUUCGCUACUCCACAAAUCGAGAAUAUGGGGUGGGUGAGCCAAGGGACAGGAGCAACUGAGAUGGAGUCUGCUUCUGCUGAUCAUAGCCGAAGUGAGAGGACCAUGUCCGAACAUGAUGGCAGUCCUACCAUCAAUAUACCAGGAACUGCUUCCGUUUCUUCUAAUGCUGUUUCUAGCACAGACGCAAGCGUAGCCGCAAACCCACCGAGUGAGAUCGAAGGUGACGAGGCUCUUUUAUCACCAAUUCAAAGUAGACUGGAGAGCCUAGAUAAUCCAAUUGGUAGCGAGGAAGAUGCCAGUCAUGGUGACGACUCCUUGGCCCCAAUGCCGGUGGACGAUCCUGGACCACCCGAUCUCUUGCAAGAACCGGGCCAAGCGGAAAUGAGAAUUGUCAACCGACAGAUACGCCCGGGUAUGGUUCCUCGAAAUCGAGGAGCUAUAGCGAGUCCCUUGCGACGCUCCAUAUCGGCUCCUGACAAUCUCAGUUUUGAUGUGUCUGGAUUUGACUACGACAAAGAAGAAGUUUCUCCAGAAUCCCCUAUUGUCAAUCAAGAAGACGUCCUUCCGAGCGACAUGUGGUCACCAGGUAGCAAUAUGAGCUGGUCACCGUCUUUGAAAAGAUCUGUACAAGCAGCGACUACUCCUGUUAGCAUUCCUGUAUUGCCAUCUUACAGCGACAACAACGAUGAAACUGAAGGUGUGAAAUUGAAUCCUCGUCUUAGCAGAAACCAAAUGAACGCAAUGGGUACAAAAGCUCAGUCUGGUCCGACAGUCCCGACGAAGGUCCCAACUUUUCCACAGAUGCAAAAUGGUGAGGUAGAUAUCUUUGAUCGAAUUCGAAUCAGCAACUCGGUUGAUUCCAGUUAUCAGAAUGCCAACAGGAGGCAAUAUUUGGAGGGCACAAUCGUGCAACGAGCUUUUCCUGAGAGAGGGGUUAUACUUUCAAUUUCACUUCUAUUGGAAGUACCCAUACUUCUCAUGAUUUGUGGAGGAAGUGAUAAACUCUUUGACAUUCUUGGCCAAUCGAAGUACCAGCUUUUCGUAGGCAUUCUUCCAAUAUGCACAGCUGUGUCGGGGAAUGUGGCUUUACAAACCAGCGAGCUAACAGUUCGUGCGAUAAUUCAAGGUCAGGUUAAUCGCAAGUCAUACACAUCAUGGAUAUUGAAAGAGAUUGGAGCUUCUGCCUAUCUGGGAUUAGCUAUGAGCACUGUUGUUGGUGUACUGUGUCUCUUUCUCGGUGGAUUCCAUUUGGCAUUUGUUUCCGUGAUGGCAGGAGCUCAGUUUCUCAGCAUCCUUUUAGCAGGUCUGACAGGAAGCAUAGUGCCUCUUUUGGCCACGAAAAUCUUUGGCGACGAAGGAAAAAGCUGGAAUAGUGCAAUUGUUACAGCUGCUCAAGACCUGGUUGGGUCAGCAGUGAUGGUGACAAUGAUCUACAAGCUGGGAGAAAGCUUUGGGCCGAUGGAGGAGAAUGGAGCAGAAAGCUGUGGUGUAGACAGCUUCUAG